UGACGAAAAUAAUAAAAAAAAAACAGUGCGCGAUUCUUCGUGGGUCUAAUCUGGGUCUUUUAUUUUCGGGGAUUUUGUUCCGUGCCGGAAGAAGAGCUGCGUCACAAAAUUGUGUCGUUCUGAUCUCCUUCUACUUGUGAAAGUGAAAGUGUGAAUCUGUGAGAAAAAAUAUAGGAAAAAGAAGUAUUGCUGUUCAAGAGUGCAUUUCAUAUCAUCGAGGGCAAUUUUUGUCAAAAGUGCAAUUCACGUAAUAGUGCCAUCCGUUGGUAGAGAUAGCAGCAGCCAAGAAGAUUGAAUAGUGCUCAGAUAAUUGUUUUUGUUCCCAUUUAUAUUUUGCCCACGGAAGCUCGAGUAGCGAAACAGUAUCAGCACGAUGGUGAUGUCGCUGUACCGGACUAUUAAAGGCCACACCGGAACCUACAAGCGCAGGAAGAACCGCAUGCUGGAACGAAGCUUGGGCUCCCUCGAAGCCACCCUUCCGCGUGAGAUGGUGUCACGGCGUAAAAUUUUGUCCCGUUCGCGGGACGAUCUGAACCUUGACUCGACAUUCAUCGCCCAGGAGGAAGAGGAGGACGUUUGGUACAACAAGGACAAACUCUACAAGGAACACAUUCAGGAAGUGUUGGACAAAUGGACACAAAUCGACGACGAGAUCUGGGCGAAAGUGAUCGUCUUCGAGCGGAACCGCCGAGUGGCCAAAGCGUAUGCCCGCGCCCCGGUCCUCACCAUCAACGGGUCCGACGAUGGCUUCGACGGGAUGAGAAUCGGCCUUUGCGGCUUCGACAAUCCAAUGCGAGAUCACAAGACAGAAGAAGUGAAACGACACGUUGGACAGGGAGUCAAAAUCAAAAUGGACGACGCUGGAAAUAUUCUAAUCAGACGCUACUCGAAGAGCAAUGUAUACGUCAAGAGCACUGCCAGUCAACCGAACGAGGAAACUGCCAUCGGAGCGGACAUUAUGAAGCUCCCCGGUCACGCGAUCGAGAGUGAAAAGAUAGUUAAGCUGUUCGAUAUGAAAAAGUUCCAGUCCAACGUAAACCGGGAGCUGCGGCGUGCCUAUCCGGAUCGCCGCCGGCUCGAGACCCAGUGUCUGUCAGCGAUCGCAUUCGUCAAAUCCGAGAACGAAGUCCUGGACUGCCCGGUGUGGGUGCUGAUCAUCAACGUGGUCGCGAUGGACAUGCUGAAGAGUAAACUACCUCCAGAUGACCCCUACUACUGCGGACUGCGCGCCCGUGUGCCAAACUUCGUCAAAUCGUCCAAAUCCAAGGAGAACAACAACAACAGCAACGUGGCCAACAACAACAGCAGCAAGGAGAAUGCGGUGGCGGCCAAACGCCUCUCGGUAGCCCACUUGCAGCAUCCGGCCUCGCUGCAGUCACUGCACCAGCUGCACCAGAUGCACCCGCAUCACAACCUGAUGGCGGCCCAUCAGCACCACCAGCAGCUCAUGUGGCACGCCAGAAGCUAUGAGAGUGGAAUCGAUACCGACGUGGUCGAGUCACCCUACAGUCACAUGUAUGGCCGCGUCCCGCUGCCGACCCGAGGUUACAUACCGGCACCGCGUGCCAUGUACAUCGGCGAAUGGGACUGAGAGGCCCUUACAGCGCUAACUGCUACUACUACCGAGAGAGACUUUGAGACCGGACCGGACGACACCGACAGCGCAUCCUUCCCCUCUUCCCUCUGUGUCCGACGUUUUCUUUAUGUGAGUUAGUGGCAACGAGCCAAAAGUGGCACUUCCGGCAUUCGCUUGUUGAACACUCAACACAACAGUGCUACCCGCAAGCGCGUUCUGUUCGAUUUGAAAUCAUCUCUGUCUGUCUGUUAGUCCGUAAGCGAGCAACUAGUUUUGUUUUAUAAUAAGUGUAAAUAGUUAUGAGCGCGAGAGAUGAAAGAAAAUAGAUUUUUAUGACCUACCCUAGCAAACACAAGCUCUGAGCAAUGAGAACCCGAGAUAACAUGAAAAACACGUUGACACACGAUACUGCCAUUGACGAAUUUCAUGCCAACUUGACUGGCCAUUGGCAGCAAUAUAUCGGAUUACAGUGAAACGUUGUAAGUGUAAAGAUAUUGGUCAUUUAAGCAACCUUGGAUACUUGAAAUAUUAAAAAAAAACUACUUUUUCAAAAGGGUUAAAGUUCUGUUACAUUAAAAAAAACUUGUCCAGCAAAUUAAUUUUUUUCUUCAAGGAUUAAACAAUAUUAAAAACAAUGUUUGUCAAAAUAAAGUGCCCACUUUUUAUUUCAUUUGAACAUAAGGUGUAGAUUCAACCUGUUGAGUGUUCAGUAGUUGAUAUGUUCUCCCUUGGCCUUCAACAGUUUUUGCAAACGUUUCGGCAUACUCUUCACCAGAUUUUUGAGAUUUUUGUGGAUCAAUAUCUUCCCAGGCGUUCCCAAGGGGUUCAAAAUUGGUAUGCUUGUUGGUAACCCCUGUAAUAUCAACAUGUGAAUCCAAGAGCGCCCACAAAUUCUCUAUUGGGUUCAGAUCUGGACUCUGCGGGGGCCAUUCCAUGAUUUAAAUGGAACACAUGUUUGUUUUCCAGUCCAGUUUAAACCAACGAAACCUCCAAAUUCUCACGUAAUAUAUCAAUGUAUGAGUCUGCUGUCAUAAUACCAUCAAUUUUUACCAAAGCACCAACACCGACCCAUCACGUUUCCUGCGCCAUGUUUCACUGUGCCUUGGAUAUGCCGAUCAUGAAGAGCCUCUCCAGUUCUACGUCAUACGCGAGCUCGUUUUUUUUACGUUGAACAACCCGAAUUUGGACUCAUUGCUCCACAAAACAGUCUUCCAAAACUACAAAUGCUUCUCAACAUGUUCUUUAGCAAAUUUGAGCCGUUUCGCUUUGUUGACUUUGCUAAUAAAUGCUUUCCGAUAUCAGUUGUUGAAUUAUUUCCUUGAAAUCCCUGAGGGUACCUUUCGGAGUUUUCUGAAUUUUACGAUAAUUCUCGUAUCGGAAAUCGGAAAUCUGUUCUACGCUUCCUUCCCCUUUCCUGAACCAUCAGCUACUGAACCAUAGGUUUUGAACUUUGCCCAAAGUUUGGUUACCACUGCUUUGCUGCAUCCAUACUUUUGAUCAAUCUCAAACGGUGUGAUUCACCUUUUUCGAUGUCACGAAUAGCAAGUUUUCGGAUCUGCAAGGGAAUCCUUUUUGCUUCCCGUCGUAUUAUCGCUGGCUAUUUAGAUGUUUCGUACUGAAUCUUUCUCGACCGACAAAUGAAGCCAGCACCGAGAUCAACAAACACUUCGAAAUGUCAAAACAAUGAGAAACGAGGGUUGAUUCAGUGAGAAAAUUACAUGAACGUGAAAUAUUUUUAUGUGGGCACUUCAUUAUGGCAAUUUUACCAAUUUUACAACAUUCAUCAGUUAAAAAAUUAUUUUCAAAAAUGUCUAUCAAUAAUUGCAAAAAUGCACAUAAUAACAUUAUCAAGCUCAGAAAAAAAAUAUCAAUGCGAUUAAACGAGUUUUCCAAUGACUUCAGGGGCGAAACGUGAUUUUCAGAAAAGUGAGCACUUCAAUUUGGCGUUGACUUUACAAAAUUCCGGUCAAAGAAUAAAAUGUAGGAUACUAAUCCUAAUUUUAUUUAAAGUCAAGAUAGCAAUAUAGUGCAUUUGACAAAGUUUCAGAUUUUAUUAAAAUAUGAACUCUUGUGCCAGACGUCAACUUUUUAUCUUUUCUAUUUUCUGGAAUGUACGACAUUUUUGUAUGGAGACUCCCGAGAAAAUUAAAUUUUGUUCUACUCGUGACAUUUUUGUAUGUAAAUUCCCGCAUAUGACAUGUUCUUGACAUGUUUCUAAAUAGAGAAAAGUUUGCAGAACUUGUCAAUCGCGUUAAUUUAUACAUAGAAAUGUUACAAGUUAAACCUUAGUAGUAAUUUUUCAAAGAAAAAAUGGAAAAAAAUUGUUGUUAGGAAAUCUUUUUCCCUGUAGCACUACCCUCGAUGUUUGAAUGACUCAUUGGUAAUUGUAUGGUCUAUUUAUGUAUAUUUCAUCCAAAAUUUAAAAAUUUUUUUGAGAAGAAUGGAUUUUAAUUUUCAAAAUAUUUCAGUUUCGAAAUUUGUUUGGUAUUUUUUAAUGAAAACAUAAAUAAUUUCCUACAUUUCAUUCUUCAACCAACAUUUUGUAGUUCUUAUAGCCGUAGAGUGAGAAAUUUUCUGAAAUCUUGAGUUCUUUUAGCUUCUUUUUUCCAAAAUACUCAACUCAAAAACUAUAAGUCGGAAAACUAUGUCGGUUAGAGAAUGAAAUGUAGGAAAUUAUUUAAGUGUUCAAUCAAAAAAAUCAAACAAAUUUCAAAUAAUAAAUUUAAACAAAAUAGUUUUCUAAAAUGUGUUUUUUUUAAAUUCUGAUUAUAUGAAAAUUAUGAAAAUAUUACAUACCAGCUGACAGGGCGAACAGCUUUUUUCAUGUUUUCUACGAAAAUUACUAUUAAUGUUCAACUCGUAACAUUUUAGUGUGUAAAUUGUCGCAGUUGACAUGUUCCACAAACUUUUUAUGUUUAACAACACGUCAAGAACAUGUCAAUCCCGAGAAUAUACACACACAAAUGUUACGAGAAGUUUUUAUCGCUAUAUCGCUAUCUUGACUUCAAACAAAUUUAGGAUUAGUUGUAAUUUUUUCAAAGAAAACAUGAAAAAGUUGUUGUUAGAAAAACUUUAGCCCCUGUAAAAGUGUGCAUCUUCCGAUGAGUGGAUGACUUGUUGGAUAUAUUAAGAGUAAUGAUUUUUUAAAGAAAAAACGUUAUUGAGAAGAAUAAAUUUCACCUAAAAAAACAUCAUUUCAUUUUUUUUUAAUUUUUGGUAUUUUUUUAUGAAAACAAUUUUCAAUAUUUCAUUCUCUGAUCAAAAUUUUGUAGAUAUUAUAGUUUUUGAGCUAUAAUUUUUCGUAGAAAAGUAGAAGGGCCUGAGCCUAGGAGCACGGACGUAAGUUUGACGUAGGGCUGUGAUUUUUCGGAGUAGUUUUCAUUGUUCAGAAAUCUGUUAUUUUUACACUUUUGAAACUCCAAAUGACGUACCCAUAACCGUCAAACGGGUUAAAACAAACAAAAAACAAAAUAAGCUUCUGGGAAGAGGUUCAGUGUGGCACAUUAACAAAAAAAUGAAAAUCUUUGAUUACAUUGAAUAUGAAGUUUAUAGGGAAGCAACAAAGAAGUUUUGAAAAUAAUUACGAUUUCGUGAUAUUUUGAGGCAAAAUGUAUAUUGCCUGCAGCCGUGCCAUGAAAUCAUAAAGCUGCUUUAUUUAAAAUGGAUAGCUAUGGUCUUAUUGUAUUGUCUUAUUAUUAGUCUUAUUCUGAGUCAUCGGGAGCAGUAGCUUUUUUGGUGAAAUAAUGUUCAUUUGCUGACUAUAUUUAACGUCACAAACACUGACACUGUGGGCCAUGACAAUGUCACCUUGGUAUCGCUGAAAUAAUGAUUUUCUAUGGAAUUGCAGCCAUCUCACUAACCAUCUACAUCACCUUUAUUCCUACACAUUGACCGAAGUAAAUAGAAUACCAGGUAUAUUACCUGCUUUGUUUAUGUAGUGGUAGGCAAAGAAAAAAAGGCAAAAAGCUAUUUCAAAACCUUCGAUUGAAUGCAUCUCAACGACUUAUUUGAAAAGAUGUCCUGCAAUGAAAACUCAAUACACUAUCGUAGUUGUCGUCAGAACAGCUUCAAGUGUGUUCCUUUCCCUUUAUUUUAAAACAAUUAAUAAAGCACAAUAUUUUAAUUCCUUUACGACGUCGAACAAACUGAUAUUUUCUUUGAAACUAGCUUCUUUUUCUUCUUUGACACAGGCGAUAUAACAUACCUGGUAUUCUAUUUAAUUUGCACAUUGACUGGAUGCCUAAUUUAUUUGAUAGAUCGAAUUAAUGCACACAAUUUGGUGUUGCAUACAACAUCCACGGAAACCAGGCUGAAAGAAAGAAUGAAUAAUACAUGAUUUACCUUUGCAUUCGCUCGCUAAACAUACCUCUAUUAUUCGUUAAAUUACUCACUUGUUUUACUAUUUCCACUGUUGAGGUCUCAGGCGAAAUUGUUUUUUGCUGGAUAAAUUUGCUGUGUAAUGGUAUAUAUUAUAACAUAUAUCGCAAGAAAGAUUCUGAGUAAUAUGCAUUUGAAAUCCCUUAACUUUUCGUUACAUUUUUCGUAGAGUGACUCCCCUAGACAGAAAUCAAAGAAGUAGUCCUACGUGAAAAUAGGAAAAAAAAUUGACCCCUUUUAAAAAAUAGUCUGAUUUUGUUAUAUUUUAAGUAUGCAAAGUUGUUUAAAUGAUCAAUGCCUUUACACCCACAACCUUUCACUGCUUUUUGAGAUAGUGCUGCCAACUCUUAAGACGAGAUGGCAUGAAAUUAGUCCAUUCAUUCUUUUCGUUAUUUUUAUUAUGAUUAUGACACAUAAUUUUGAGCAAAAUUUGACGGAAACUGAAACGUACAUAAGGAUAAGUGCACGUGUAAAUACAAUGGGAAAAAAGAAGCUUGAAUGCAUAGAGAAGACGAUGGACGAUGGUCGAGAAGCAGGAAAUAAUUAAUAUUGUAUAUAUAUUCAACACUUGACCUAUAAGCGAAAAGAGAAAAGAAGCAAAAAAUCAUGUUUAAUCACUCUUUUAAACACAAUAUAUGUAUUUUACUGUCAUUUAUCGUAUACCUUGUUUUGAAAUUGUAAUCACUUUAAUCGUAUUUCUAAGUUUUAACUCUCGCUGCAAGUGUUUACUUCUUUAGCGUAAAUCAAAUGGAAGAGCAUAAAAAGCUUUGCCAGUAAACUUACUUCCAUAAACUCCUGCGCAAUAAUGAUACAACGCAGAAGAAAUGGAAACCAAUCAUGAUGGCAUAAUACUCAGAAAGAAAAACUACGCCUCUGUUUUUAACUUUACAUAGGAGAUCCACUUACAUUUAUAUACGUGUAUAUGUAUUAGCAGCUGACCCCUCGUCGAAGGCGAGCCGACCCUAACCGACCCUAACCUCAUUCCACGCUUAGUCCCUUCCGCUAUUCUUUUUUGUCCAAAAUUCCUCACAUUUACCACUGUGAUUGUUUUGAGACUUUCCACAUUUUUCUCGCAAAAACGUAAAUUUGGUUAAGACAUACACACACACACAUACACAUGCAAACGCAUACGUACAGUACAACGCGAUCUUAAGCGCGAUCGACCUUUUUCGAGUGAGUACGCAGGACUGCUGCGGGAGGAACCACAAUCACGCAUAUAACUGUUUGCCCAUUAGUUUCCAUCAUGUUUCCGCCUAGUUUCUGCCACCGGCCACCGAGAAAAUUUCGAUCUACGACCGAAAUCUGUUCCGCCAGCGAGAUCCAAAGUUUUUCUCCCACCCGAGUUGCUGCCCGGCGGCUAUUGUCUCCCUCCCCCCUUCAAAGUCACCACAUUGACAUUGUUUCCUUCGAUACCUUUCGGUUUGUUUCCUCCUGCCUUAACUGAAUCCUUGAAUCCACCAGAUCCUCAGGAGAUUGGGGUCGAGCAAACGUUCGACGAUGGGUCCGAAUCUACGAUUAGAAGAAGCAAAAUAUGAAUCGGUGGAAAGUAGUUUUUAAAUGAACGAUCAAUACCCAACUUAAGUCUGCAGGCAUGAGAUUGCAAUACCCUACCACUUGUGUUUAGAUAUUCGGUAAACUUAUCUAAUCUAACGCAUGAAACAGAAGCAACUUGUAAAUUUUAAACUAGACUCUAACAUGUGCAUGCGUUUUCGCCCUUUUGCAGCAGCAAAACCGAAAUCUCCCCCCAAUCUUUGUUUUCAUGAUAAUUAUCAACAAUUAAUAUAGCAGCUAGUUAGGUAGUGUAGCAUCAGUUAUAGAAUGGAUCGGGCGGUGAGGAUCGAUCGCUGUCGUUGCAAACAAUAUUAGUAAUAAACUGCCGACACUGCCGGAGCAAUCAAAACUGUAGGAAAGAAAAUUAAUCUUAUUUCAAAGCAACGAAACAGCAGAUUCUAACGAAUGUCAAGUUACAUGCAAAAACAAACUGUAAGCAACCCUAAAGAUAAGCAAUGAUUAGAGAACUCAUAUAGAUCAUAUUCACCCUUAUUCUUUGUUUUACGAUAAUGGAGAUACUACAAUCGCAGACCGGAAUGAGACUGAGGCAAGGUUACACUCAGAUAGUGACCGGGAGAAACCCUGCUGUAUUCUCAGUUUUCAGAUACAGCUUCAGUGGAUGCGAUGCAAGAUGGAAGAAUAAAAAAAAAACACGGUUAAGACACAAGCAAUAUAUAGGAAACUGCGUACACUCAUGCGUUAAUUAUCAUAGCAAUUUGAUUGAUGUUCAUAACUUAGUGAAAAUGGCAGAAAAUGUAUCAAAUGAAGUAUCAAGUAUGAAACGUAUUUUAAAAAUAAAAUAGAAAAAG